GUUCAUGGCAUGUGUGAGUGCACACACAACACCAAGGGACUUAACUGUGAGCUGUGUGAAGAUUUCUAUCAUGACCAUCCUUGGAGGCCAGCCAGAGUUAACCAGCCAAAUGUCUGUAAAAAGUGCAACUGUAACAGCCAUGCUACAGAGUGUCACUUUGAUGCUGCGAGGUUCCAGGCCUCUGGUGAAGUCAGUGGGGGAGUCUGUGACAACUGCAUGCACAACACUCGAGGCAUCAACUGCCAGGAAUGCAACCCUUUCUUCUUCCAGGAUUCAACCCGAGACAUUCGAGAUCCUGAGAUUUGUCAGCCUUGUGACUGUGACACCUUUGGCUCACAGAGGAAUGGAGAAUGUGAACAGGUCACUGAUGAAGUGGCUGGAACAGUGGCUGGAAGGUGUACCUGUAAAGCAUUUGUUACUGGGUCUAGGUGUGAUCGCUGUGUGGAGAACUACUGGAACCUACAAGAGCUCAACCCUUUUGGCUGUGAACCUUGCAGUUGCAAUGCUGGUGGUACAGUUCCAGAUGUUGGGUGUGACAUGGAAACAGGCCUUUGUAUAUGUAAAAGAUAUGUCACAGGCAUGAACUGUGAUAAGUGCUAUCCUGGAUUUUAUGGACUGAGUGCAGAUAAUCGACAUGGCUGCAGCCCCUGUGACUGUGACCUGGGUGGAUCUAUCAGCUCAACGUGCGAUGAGAUAAGUGGCCAGUGCCAGUGUCGACCACACAUCCGUGGCAGGCAUUGCAAAGAGGUUGAUCCUGGCUUCUUUUUUGCACAUUUGGAUAACCACAUAUAUGAGGCAGAGUAUGGACGAGGCAUUGGGAUGCCAGAAGUCUUCCAUGAUGUGGAAGUUUCUGUGAUUAGACCAGGCCAUGUUGAUCCAGAAGGUCUUUGUGGUGAAUUCAGUCCCCGCGAUGAUCUGAAGUCGGUCUCAUUGCAACCAGGUGCUCGGUACGAGGUUGUUUCACCACCUUCCUGCCUGGAGACAGGCACAACGUACAAGGUGCUUUUGACCUUCAAUUCAUAUCAACCUGGCCAGAGGACUCCAGAAGCUACACUUCUCAUAGACUCCAUUUUGCUGGUGCCAAACUCAGACUACAUUCCGAUUUAUCAAGGGCCAGGUCUGCCUGAGUAUAUGAAGAAUGAGUUCCUGUACAACCGCUGUGAUGUUCUGCAGUACCCGUCCCUGAAGUCUCAGUUGCCAGAACAGUGUCAGCGACACACCUUCUCCAUUUCUGCAGUCUUGCACAAUGGAGCCAUCGAUUGUGAUUGUGAUCGGACUGGCUCACUGAGUUUAGAAUGUAACCCAAGUGGUGGACAGUGUGAGUGUAAGCCCAAUGUUGUUGGGCGUCGUUGUGACCAGUGUGCACCAGGUACCUAUGGAUUUGGCCCCGCUGGCUGCUUACCAUGCAAUUGCCAUAAUAUUGGAUCGCGAGACAACUUCUGUAAUGAGGAGACGGGCGAGUGUACCUGCAUCCAGAAUGUAGCGGGCCGGGCUUGUGACCAGUGCCGGGUCAGCUACUGGGGAUUCCCCCAGUGUCGUCCCUGUCAGUGCAAUGAAAAUGCUGCCACCUGUGACCCACUCAAUGGGGCUUGCAUCAACUGUGAGAACUAUACUUCCGGCAACUACUGUGAAAGAUGCGAGGCAGGCUACUACGGAGAUCCCAGGAUUGGUAUCAAGAUUCCCUGCAGACCUUGCAUGUGUCCUGGAGGACCAACAAGCCCUGUGCAGCAUGCAGAUACCUGCAGUUUUGAUCCUCGGACACAAGAAGUCUAUUGUAACUGCCGCCCCGGAUACACAGGACGUAACUGUGAUGACUGUAUUGAAAACUAUUACGGAGCUCCUACACAGCUUGGUGGAACCUGUCAGCCAUGCACCUGUAAUGGCAACAUCAACCCUGAUGACCCUGGCAGCUGUGAUGGCACAACUGGAGAGUGCCUCAAGUGCCUGUACCACAGUGAAGGGUUUGCCUGUGAGCACUGUCAGCUUGGUUAUUAUGGAGAUGCUACACAACAGAACUGUAAACGUUGUGUUUGCUAUCAACUGGGUACAGAUUAUGCUCUCGGGGAGUGUAACCGUGAGACCGGUCAGUGCCCCUGUCUUCCUAAUGUUGUUGGUCAGCAGUGUGACCGAUGUGCUGUUGCCCAUUGGAAUAUCACCAGCAGGGAAGGAUGUGCCAGCUGCGACUGUGACCCAACAGGAUCAGUGUCACUUGAAUGCAACCAGCUGACUGGACAGUGUGACUGCCUGCCUGGAAGAGGUGGACCCAAAUGUGCCGACUGUGAAGAUCUCUUCUAUGGAGACCCCAAUUACCAGUGUCUACCAUGUGACUGUAACCCUGAGGGCUCAAGGGCGAUGCAGUGUGACCGUCGUACCGGCCAGUGUGUCUGUGUGGAAGGGGUCACUGGAUUCAAGUGUGACCGCUGUGCCAGGGGAACCACUGGUGACCUGCCUAAUUGUGUGCCUUGUGGGGAGUGCUUUGACAACUGGGACAAAAUUAUUAUGGAAUUGCGAGACCAGACACACGACAUUGUGAAGAGGGCCAAUGAUGUGUCAGUGACGGGUGCUAUCAAGGCAUUUGAUGAUGAGUUCCGCCUCCUGCAGGACAACAUAGAUGAGAUCAACACGAUUCUCUCCAGCAUCAACUUCACACAGGUGGACAUCAAAGACAUACAGAACAUGCUGGAGGCUGUCAAAUCCAACCUGACAGAAAACACUAAAGCACUGAAUGGAGUGGAUGAAGACCUGCGUACUGCCACAGGUCAAGUGAAGAAGGACAGCUUCAGAAUCCAGCUUCUCAAAACUCGUGUUGAUAACCUCAAAGCUUUAGCCAGGGAAUUGCAGGAUAAUGCAACCAAUAUACAGAUUCAGGAAGUUGGAGGUGCCUUUGAGAAAGUUAAGGAAGCUGAGCGACAAUCAAGAGAAGCACAAGCUCAAGUAGAUGGCACCUCAAGAUAUCUGGCAGAGUCAGAGAGAGUCAGAUUAGAAGCUGAGAGACUCAUAGAUGCAAGGCAAGAGAGGUUCAGAGAAGUGCUUGAUGAAAAUACAAAAGCACUGGACCUACUGGAGUCAGAUGUCACAAAACUGGGAGGUGAUCUGUCAGAUAUCAACAAUAUGGUAUGUGGUCAGCCAGGAGCUCCAUGCUCUGCUCUGUGUGGUGGUGGUGGAUGUGGAAGGUGUGGUGGUGAUAGCUGUGAUGGUGCUGUCACCAUUUCACAAACAGCCUUAGACUCAGCCCGUCAGGCUGAAGAGCUGCUUAACGCAAAGACCAGAAAUGCAACAGAAAUUCUGAUUCCAAGGAUGCAGGAGGCCAAACGUGAUGCAGAGGAGGCCAGAUCAGAUGCCCAGAUGGCCUAUGAUGAAGCUGCAAAGGCUAAGAACUUGACAGAAGGAACCAGAGUUGAUGUUGAGGAUUUGGUGAAGAGGAUCAGGGAUUUCUUGAUAGGCAAUAACACUGCCACUCCUAAUGAUGUUGAGAAGAUUGCCAAUGAGGUCUUGGCCAUGAGGAUCUCAUUGCGACCAGAACAGAUCAAUGACCUGGCCAUGAAGAUUAAUCGUGUUGUCAGCACUCUCACAGACAUAGAUAAGAUUCUUGAGGAGACAUCAGAGAACCGAGAGGCAGCUGAGGAACUGAAAAAACAAGCAGAAAAAGCCUCUGGUGAUGCCCAGGCUAUCCGUAACAAUGCCCAGGAAGUCAGAGAUGCACUUGAGGAGACUAAGAGGGUGCAAGCUCUUGCUGAAGGAACUAUAGAGAAAGCCAGAAAGGAUAUUCAGGAUGCAGAAAGUGACUUAGACAUGAUAAAACAGGACACUGGAAGUGUAAAUGUUAUCACUUUAGAGAGCCAAGCCCUUCUAGAGAGGCUGAAAGAAAGACUUGAUCAGCUAACUAAACGCUAUACAGCCCUGAAAGUUGACAAACUGGACAAGGCUGAAAGGGCAGCAGAUGAAGCUGACAAGCUGGCUAAAGAAGCUCUUGAUAAAGCUCGUGAGUUAGAUAGGGACUAUGGUUCGGCAUCUGUAGAACUCAAUGUAAAGCAUAACCAGACACAAGAGGCCAAGGACUUGGCCACAAAAUUAAAAGCUCGGGCGGAUGAUAUCUACAAGUUUACUGCUACAAAACUGAGUGACUUGAAAGAUAUAGAACAGAAGAUUGGCGGCAGUGAAGAGAAAUUAGUGAAGCUUCAAGAAGAAAUUGACAGGCUGAAUGCUUUGAUGGAUGAGUAUCUCAAAGAGAUCAGAGACAAAGCCAAGAAUUAUGAAACAUGCUAA